GUCCUUUGCCCUUUGACCAUGAUUAGUCUGCGAUGUAAAGAUGGAAGAAAGGCUAUUUGUUGUCUUCUGGGCACUGAUUGGACUGACUGAGAAAGGAUGGUGAAAAAGAAUAACCAAGCAUCACAAUCGUCUAUAUGGAUAGGGUUUGGGUGAGGUUCGAAACUGCAUUAGCGCCACUUUCUUUUUCAAUAUCGAUAAAGGUUGUUUAGAACGCCGAGAAUUUGUUUGGGAAAGCAUUCAAGUUUGGAAAAAAGCAUACAGGUUUAUACCCCGAAGAUGGCAUCGCCAGGACAUAUAAUGCUAUCUUACCAAUGGGAUUACCAAAAGGAAGUUCGAAAGAUAUGCGAGGAGCUAAGAAAUUUGGGACUUGAAGUUUGGAUGGAUUUGGAUUCAAUGUCUGGAGAUAUUUUUAACAAAAUGGCUGAAGGAGUUGAGGGUGCUGCCAUCAUUAUUAUCUGCAUGUCAAGCAAAUACCAGCUGUCUGACAACUGUAAUAAGGAAUUCAAAUAUGCACAAGUAAAAAGAAAGAAAAUCCUACCUAUUAAAAUGGAGAAGGAAUUCAAUGCAACUGGAGCACUAGGUCUUAUCACAGCUGGAAAAUUGUACAUUGACUUCAGUGAUCUGUCAAAGUUUGAUGAAAAUGUCAAAAGUCUGGAAAGAGAAGUUAGAAGUUUGCUUGGGGAAAUUAAAGCCUCACAAGAGCCUGUUGACAGAAAUAAAGCAGAUAUUGCUGUAGCUACAAAGAUGUUUCCAGUUUGUGUUGGGCAUUCUUCUGAACAUGCAUGCAGAAUAGACAAGACUGAGGCCAUUCAAUGCCAGCCUGAUUUUGUAUUUUAUGGUAGUGAAACAGGAAUUGAAGACAUGGUUCCAUUUAGUGUAGGGUCAGCUGGUGAGGGUGAUAGCUGGAGGCAUAUAAUUGUCCAGGGAUCCGAUGCUGGAAAGCGUGGCUGGACCCACAUCUUCACAUUUUUUGCGUUCAGUUCCAAGAAGCUUUAUACCAUUCCGUAUGCUGUAGGACACGCAGGAAAUGAGAGUGGGGGAUGGAAAUACUGCGUGGAGGAGAAUGUCAAGUCAGACACAGAUUAUCAGUGGCCAAAUAGCUUCAACCUGGAUUUCGUUUUCUACUCGUUUCCUGUAAAUCCAGAAGACCUUACGCCGAUUUUUGUUGGUAGCUUCCCCAACCACAACAUUGCCAAUAUUGAUGUGACUUGUGGGGCAGAUAAGAAUACCAAAUUUUCUCAUGCAUUUUCGUUCCAAGCAUUGUCAUAUGAUCCACCUGAGUGUUUUCCUUUUUCUGUGGAUAGAAAUGAAAAUAUAAGGCACGAUGAUGACCCAAGAUAUCGUAUACGGGAAGAAAUGCAAGAAGAACUUGUCGGGUAUGACGAUGGCUGGAAAAAGCAGUUAUAUUUACUUUUUGGAUUCAAAAAGAUGCAGCCAGGCACAAUUCCUAUUGCUCUUGGUUACAAGGCAUACUCCGGCGGCAGGCAGUUCUGCAUCACAAAUAAUUCGUAUACGGUUCCAAAAGACUGGACCCUAGAGGCUGUGUUUUUUGCAUACCCAUUCGAUUCCUCAUUGGCUGUUUCGGUUGCGGUUGGCUUUGAGUCGCAAUAUGGCUGCUCCAGAUUAGGGCAAGCCGACCGCCUUCACGAGGCCUACUUUCAACACGACUUCACUUUUUGUGGCUACUCGUAUCAGCACUACGGCACGGUUCCGAUUUCAAUAGGAGAAGCAGGGGCUGAGGAUAACCACACCCUUAGAAGUCGCGUAGAAUUAGGCAAAGACGCUGGAAAUAGAGGCUGGAAUCACUGCUUUACUGUUUAUGCAUUCAAAGAGCGAAAGCCUGGAACGUUUGCCGUGACAGUGAGUCACACCGAUUUCAGCUUAGGUGGUUGGAAAUACCGGGUGACCAAGGAGGGUAAUCAAUCUGUGACGUCAGAAUGGGUCAUUGAUUUUGUUUUCUAUGCCUAUCCACUACCAAACGAACAGAUUAUUUCUGAUUGAAUUUCCUGACCAUAUUAUAAAUUUCAGCAAAGUUUCCGCCAUUGUAUGUUAUUCAAAGGUAGUUGGUCUCAUGCUUUUUUCUCUAUAAAACACACGUUGCUUCUUACAUUAUUCGUAAAUGUAAUUUUGUAUCUUUUUGUCCAUUGCGUACUUUUCAUGUGUACCGUUUGUUUGCUGUACAACGUAUUUAUUUUAUUUUUGUAAAAUACAUUUCACUUCAAAUGCUGCAAAAUGAAUUUAUAUUAUUUAGUUAUUAUUCAUAUAUCAGCGAAAGCUUCUGCUGUUAUCAUAUACAAAGCCACUA